AUGGAAAACAGAAAAUCUUGGAAAUGGAAGGCUUCAAUUCAAUUAACACUACAAGCACUUUAUGAUAUAAAUUGGUAUGAUUCUUUUCAAGACUGGAAAGAGAUUGGUAGAGGUGGAUUUGGCACCAUAUAUAGAGCAUUUUCAGAAGAUGCUGAAAAAAUUGUAGCUUUAAAAACAAUUCAUCACGAUUCCUCUAGUGUUAAUGUGAAUGAAUUUAUUAAAGAAAUAUCACUUAUUGUAAUUUCUGGUAAAAGAGAAGCUCCAUUUAAUGGAACUCCAAUUGAUUUUUUGAAUCUUUAUACUAAUGCUUGGAAUGGUGAUCCAAAUUUACGUCCUAGCAUAGCUGAGAUUCGUCAUAAGUUAAAUAAUAUAAAAAUAAAUCCAAUUUAUUAUGAUGAAAAUAUAGUUCUGAAUGAACAAGAACAAGAACGAGAUAUUGUUUCAAAUAUGCAAGAUAUUUCGAAUGAACGAUAUAUGAUUUCAAGUGGAAAAGAUAUGAUUUUGAGUAGUGUUGGUAACAGCAAUUAUACUGAAACUGGAACUUCUGUACAAUCUACUGUGAGUUCUUUUACGAAACAUAGGCCGCCACCAGAAAGUUGGAUACAACAACCUACUGAAGAUGGUAAUGAAUUCACUUCUGGGAAUGAACAAGAACACAGUACAAGAUCGAUAAACAUAAGAAGACCUGAUAUUAAAGUUGUUGUAGCCCUUGAAAUUGGAACUACUUACUCAGGAUUUGCAUAUUCGAACAAAAUUAAUCCAGAAACUAUUACAAAUGAUACAGCAGGCGUAUUUAAAACUAAUACUGUAUUAGCAUAUGACGACAAAUUGCAACUUGUAGCCUGGGGAUACCCAGCCCUAGCCCAAACACCUCCAAAGAAAAAAAAAGCAUUGGCUAGACCGCAGCCUAAACCAGUAGAAUUAUUCAUGUUACACCUUUCCAACCUAAAAGAGGAAGAUAAGCCACCCCUUCCACCAGGCUUAGAUGCAAAAAGAGUCAUUACCGAUUAUUUACAUGAAAUGAAUAAAAGUCGAUGGCCAGGCAUACGAUAUCCUCAACAAGUUCGGUUUGUACUACCUGUACCUGCUGAAUGGUUAGCAAUUCAUUCAAUAAUUAAUUGGGUUGAUGUAUCAGUAUAUAAAGCAAUCGAAAAUUUAGAGUUUAUAACUAACCCCGUGGCUACCACAAUUUAUUGCAUGAAAACUUUAAAUGAGCAUCAUUUAUCAGUUGAGUCAUCAUUCUUGAUUGUUGAUUGCGGAGAAGAAACUGUAGAUGUUACAACCAGAACUUUAUUACCCGGCAUGAAAUUUAGUGAAAUUACUGAACGCAGUGGUGAUCUAUGUGGUAGUUCUUAUGUUGACCGUGAAUUCCUUAAGUUUCUUGGUCGAAAACUAGGAUUUGCAGCAAUGAAAAAACUAAAAGAAAAUUUCUAUGAACAAAUGCGAUAUUUGGUUCAAGAGUUUUGUUUGAGAGUAAAAUUUUCAUUUAAUGGAAACCCUAACGAAUACUCACCAAAGGAAUUAGAUAUUGAACGUUGUAAUC